UGCCAGACCAUGGCUUCUGAAACUGCAGCUGGGUGAGAAAAUCUUUCAUCAUCUUCUUUCUAAAAUUACCCAAAUUCGCACUCAAUAAUGGACCUAAGAAUCCAAUACAGGCAAACCCCAUUCUACUUCUCUUCAAGAACAGCAAUGAUACUCAACCAAGCCCAUCCAAAUUUACUUGUUCUCAAGCCACUCUCACAACCACCUCCUGCAAAUCACAGGACAAAGCUUUCCCGCCAAAAAAGGGCCAUUUUUCGAGCUUCUGCAUCUGCAAAUCCUAGUGGGUCAGACGGGUUCUCGUGGCUGCAUCUGUCCCAGUCGAUUCGCCGUGGUUCGGGACGGUUCUUGGAUAAGCUAAGUGAGUCUGUGAAGAAAGAAACAGGGUUUGAUUUUGAAGAGGCUAAUGUGAGACUGGCUGAGCUCGUGGGUCGGGCCCGAGACUCGGCCAAGAAAUGCCAGACUGAGUUUGGCCGGUUCAAGUCUGAGUUGCUUCCCGAGUUCAUCAACUGGAAUACAUGGGACCGUUGGAAGGAUGUCAAGAAUUGGGAACCCAAAAGAGUUGGUGCCUUGAUACUGUAUGUGUUUGUGGUGGUGUUCUCUUGUCAAAGAGUGUAUAUGGCGUUUCGAGCACCUCUCAUUGAUCGUGAAAGGAAAGAAAUAACGGAGGAAUAUAUGGAGGCAUUGAUCCCGGAACCAACUCCCACCAACGUUAGAAAGUAUAAGAAAAGUAUGUGGAGGAAAACAACCCCCAAGGGUCUAAAGCUGAAGAAAUUCAUCGAAGGACCUGAUGGAACACUUGUUCAUGAUAGUUCUUAUGUUGGGGAAGAUGCAUGGGAUGACGAUACUGAACCUCCUCAAGAAAAUGUAAAACAAAUUAUUGACCAAGAUGCAACUUUGAACACAAAAGAAAAGCAGGUGCUUAAAGAUAAUUUGGGAAUUUCAGUUGCAGAUCGUGAAAGUAAGGGAACAUGGCGUGAAAGACUUAAGACAUGGAAAGAAAUUCUCAGAAAGGAGAACAUAGUGGAGCAAUUAGAUUCAUUAAAUGCUAAGUAUGUCGUUGAAUUUGACAUGAAAGAGGUUGAGAAUAGUCUUCGCAAAGAUGUGGUAGAGAAGGUCACUGACACACAGGGAACCAGGGCAUUGUGGAUUUCAAAGCGAUGGUGGCGAUACCGUCCAAAGCUUCCUUACACCUAUUUUCUUCAAAAACUUGAUAGCUCUGAGGUUGCUGCUGUUGUCUUUACAGAGGACCUGAAAAGAUUGUAUGUAACAAUGAAAGAAGGGUUCCCCUUAGAGUAUGUUGUUGACAUUCCGCUUGAUCCUUACUUGUUCGAGACUAUCACAAAUUCUGGAGUUGAAGUAGAUCUCCUUCAGAAGCAGCAGUUCCAUUACUUUCUGAAAGUUGUAAUUGCAUUACUGCCAGGAAUAUUGAUUUUGUGGUUUAUUAGGGAAUCUCUGAUGCUUCUACACAUUACAACGAAUCGUUUACUCUAUAAGAAGCAUAAUCAACUUCUUGAUAUGGCUUAUGCUGAAAACUUUCUCCUGCCAGUUGGAGAAGUUGGUGAAACAAAAUCCAUGUACAAAGAAGUAGUAUUAGGAGGUGAUGUCUGGGAUCUUCUAGAUGAGUUAAUGAUUUACAUGGGAAACCCCAUGCAAUAUUAUGAGAAAGAAGUGCAGUUUGUGCGGGGUGUUCUUCUGUCUGGACCCCCAGGAACGGGCAAAACACUUUUCGCACGAACACUUGCGAAGGAAAGUGGGAUGCCUUUUGUUUUUGCUUCGGGUGCAGAGUUUACAGACAGUGAAAAAAGUGGUGCUGCAAGAAUUAAUGAAAUGUUUUCUAUUGCAAGGAGAAAUGCUCCUGCUUUUGUAUUUGUGGAUGAGAUUGAUGCUAUUGCUGGAAGACAUGCAAGAAAGGAUCCACGAAGAAGAGCAACUUUUGAGGCUCUGAUUGCACAGCUUGAUGGAGAGAAGGAAAAAACUGGUGUUGACCGAUUUUCACUUAGGCAAGCUGUGAUAUUCAUCUGCGCUACUAAUAGGCCAGAUGAAUUGGAUCGAGAAUUUGUUCGCGCUGGACAUAUUGAUCGUCGUCUGUACAUUGGCUUACCUGAUGCGAAGCAACGGGUGCAAAUUUUUGGUGUACAUAGUGCAGGAAAGCAGCUUGCCGAAGAUGUUGAUUUUGAACAGCUUGUCUUUCGCACUGUUGGCUACUCUGGGGCGGACAUAAGGAAUCUCGUCAAUGAAGCAGGAAUAAUGUCUGUGAGGAAAGGACAUUCUAAGAUCCACCAGCAAGACAUCACUGACGUGUUGGACAAACAAUUGCUUGAGGGUAUGGGUGUACUUCUCACAGCGGAAGAGCAACAAAAAUGUGAAGAAAGUGUAUCUUUUGAAAAGAAAAGGCUGCUGGCAGUACAUGAAGCUGGUCACGUAGUGUUGGCACACUUAUUUCCGCGAUUCGAUUGGCAUGCCUUUUCUCAGCUUCUACCUGGCGGCAAGGAAACUGCAAUAUCUGUUUUUUACCCUAGAGAAGACAUGGUAGACCAGGGCUAUACAACCUUUGGCUACAUGAAAAUGCAAAUGGUGGUAGCUCAUGGUGGACGCUGUGCUGAACGAGUUGUCUUUGGUGAUGAUAUAACUGAUGGAGGAUGGGAUGAUCUGGAAAAGAUUACAAAGAUUGCUCGGGAAAUGGUGAUAAGCCCUAGCAAUUCAAGGUUGGGGCUUACUGCUUUGACAAAGAGAGUUGGACUGAUUGAUCGACCAGAUAGUUCUGAUGGAGAGCUCAUAAAAUAUAAGUGGGACGACCCUCAUGUGAUUCCAGCCAAUAUGACGCUUGAAGUUUCUGAGCUAUUUACUCGAGAAUUAACGAGGUACAUUGAAGAGACAGAGGAACUUGCCAUGAAUGGAUUAAUGGCUAACAGAGAGAUACUAGAUAUGAUUGCAAAGGAGCUACUGGAAAAAUCAAGAAUAACCGGCUUGGAAGUUGAAGGGAAAAUACGAGAACUGUCCCCAGUUAUGUUCGAAGAUUUUGUGAAGCCUUUCCAGAUAAACUUGAAUGAGGAAGGACCAUUGCCUCACAAUGAUCGCUUGCGUUAUCAACCAUUGGACAUCUAUCCAGCACCACUACACAGAUGUUAAGACUCUUGGGGCAUUCAUAUGAUUCUAUGUUCGAUGGUUGCUUUGGUUGGCAUUUAGCCGACAGAAAGAAGAUGGCUUUGUGAUACAAGCUGACGACAGAUUGCUGGGAGCUCUAUUUGGGGUUACUAAUGCUGAAGGUCAUAGAUGGAUGGAUGGUCUUUCAACCAAUAGAAGUCUUAGGGGAAGCUAAUCCACCUAUAGAUGGGGCUUGAAAAAUAUGGUUGACAUGAUUCUUGGAACAGAGAAGGAAAAGAGGUUCCCCCGCGUAUCGGUGAUGGAAAUGGUGAGUACUGAAUUUUUCUGAAUGUUUCUGUCAUCUUGAUCUUCUCUACCAAUGAAUUUUGUUGUUGCAUGAGGUCAAAAGGUCGACCUCUAAUGCACUUGAAUUUUGUUAGAUAUCUCUAACCUUUGUAAACUUUUAGACUCAUCUCAUUUAUAUGCCCUUGGUUUUAUUAGAGUUCUUACAUUGUGACAAAGAAAUGUCUGCAAUCCAGAAUGGCCUUCGGCAAUAGUCGUCCUAGGACAAUAUGAUAACAUGA